AUGGGGCGCCUCCAGCACCACCACCGCUCGCGGUCCGCCUCCUACUUCGCGCGCUCCUCCGAGACCACCGCCGCCGACCUCGACGAGCGCAGCCUCGGAUCCACCGCCACCGCCACCGCCGCCGCAGCCGCGGAAACCGUCGAGUGCCCCUUUGGGCACGUCGAUGGCCUCUCCCGUGCCGAGCUCCGGGAGGCCGCGUACGAGGUCUUCUUCAUGUCGUGCCGCGCUGCCGGGGGCAGGGAGGAGGAGGCGGCAGCGGGCUGA